GUGUGUCCGCAGGGCGUCAUCACUACAGUUGAUUGGUGGUUUGCGGCUGCGUCCGCAUGGCAACCGCGAGCUGUGUACAAGAAAGAGGGCAGAAGGGACCUUUCUGGAGACGCUGACUGGGAUUUCAACAACCAAAACACCCAAUUCCUGCCCUCUUCUUCGUAUAACCGUUUCAUAUUGGCGACUGCAGACGGACUGGAGCGGCUUUAAUGCGGCGUGUUGUUGACGCAGACUGACAGCCAGCUGUAAGCUGCCACCACAGAUCUGUAACCAUGACGGCGGAGGAGACGAUCAGCAUCAAGGAGGCAGAGGUGAUCAAGGUGAUGCUGGACUUCCUGAACUCCAGGAAGCUGCACAUCAGCAUGCUGGCCUUAGAGAAGGAGAGCGGCGUCAUUAAUGGACUCUACUCUGACGACAUGCUCUUCCUCAGGCAGCUCAUUCUAGACGGCCAGUGGGAGGAGGUGAUGCAGUUCAUUCAACCUCUAGAGGGAAUGGAAACGUUUGACAAGAAAAGGUUCCGCUACAUCAUUCUGAAGCAGAAGUUUCUGGAAGCUCUGUGUGUAAAUAACGCCAUGUCUGCUGCUGAAGACCCUCAGAAUCUGGAGCUCACCAUGCAAGCGGCAGUCAAGUGCCUCCACAAUUUGGAGGAGUUCUGUCCGACCAAGGAUGACUACAGCAAGCUGUGUCUCCUCCUCACCCUGCCACGCCUCACCCACCACGCAGAGUUUAAAGACUGGAACCCGAGCACGGCACGUGUGCAUUGUUUCGAAGAAGCCUGUGCAAUGGUAGCUGAGUUCAUCCCUGCGGACAGGAAGCUGAGCGAGGCGGGCUUCAGGGCUAGCGGGAAUCGCCUCUUCCAGCUGCUCAUCAAAGGGAUUCUUUACGAGUGCUGUGUCGAGUUCUGUCAGAGUAAAGCAACUGGUGAGGCGAUCACAGAGGGGGAGGUGUUGCUCGGUGUGGAUUUGCUCUGCGGGAAUGGCUGUGAUGAACUGGACUUGUCACUGCUCUCCUGGCUGCAGAACGUCUCUCCAGGUGCCUUCUCCUGCGCCUUCCAGCAAAAGACCCUCAACAUCCACGUGGACCGCCUGAUAAAGCCCCACAAGGCCGGCCACGCCGACCUCCUCACUCCAUUAAUCAACCGCCUGUCCCCGUGCCCUACUUCACCCUUCGGCCAGAGGCCUCAUUCAGCAGACACCUACAUGUCCAGAUCCCUCAACCCUGCUUUGGACGGCCUGUCCCACGGUCUGGCAGCACAAGACAAGAGAGGCAUGGAGGCGAACAGGAAGUCUGCCCUCAGUCGGAGCUUAGUGGAGAACAAUGUGCAUCAGCAGGACGAUUCACCUGAAAAGAAGCAACAACAGGGGCUGGACGAAGCCAACACCACACGCACACCUCUGACCCCCGGAAAAGACGGGGGGCCACCCUGCAGCACGGAAACAAACGAGCGUCCUGACUCCGAAGAGCACAUCCAGGAGUAUUACAGGCAGCGUCUCCGCGUGCAGCAGCAUCUGGAGCAGAAGCAGCAGCAGAGACAGCUUUACCAGCAGAUGCUGCUUGAGGGAGGGGUGAAACCGCAGGAUGUGGCCCGGAACAACCUCACUGAGACCUUCCUCAGUAGAUCCAUUCAGAAGUUGGAGGAGAUGAACGUGGGCAUCGACCACAGAGCAGACGAGGUGAUGACACAGUGGAACGGACUGACAGAAAGCAGCAGCACUUCCAGUCCCAGAAGCACCAACACUCACCACACACCAGACACCGGGCCGCCAACGGACAAGCCAGGCGGAGGGGUCAGCAGCACCCCGUUAAUGCCCGGGAGCCACGGCUUGCCUUCCCUCGACGAAUCUCCAGUUCCCACCAGUGAGAGUGCUGAGAGGAUCAGAAGGUCGGUCCAAGAUGAUUCUGGCUGCUCUGCGACACGUAACUCACAAGAGCCGGGGAAGUCCAAAGCACAGUUUGUUAAAGUGAACCAGCUGGAGGACACACAGGCGGUGCGUGCAGUGGCCUUCCACCCCUCCGGAGCGCUCUAUGCUGUCGGCUCCAACUCAAAAACCCUGAGAGUCUGUGGCUACCCGGAAACUCUGACCACCAGUGGUUCUGGGCCAGUCAAGCAGCCGGCGGUGCGCUUCAGAAGGAACAAACACCACAAAGGCUCAAUCUACUGUGUAGCCUGGAGCCACUGUGGACAACUGUUGGCCACUGGCUCCAACGACAAAUUUGUCAAAGUCCUGCCUUUCAAUGCGGACAGCUGCAAUGCAACGGGCCCAGACCUGGAGUUCAGCAUGCACGACGGUACCAUCAGGGACCUGGCCUUCAUGGAGGGCCCCGAGAGUGGAGGAUCCAUCUUGAUCAGCGCCGGGGCCGGAGACUGCAACAUCUACACCACAGACUGUCAGAGAGGACAGGGCCUUCAUGCCCUCAGUGGACACACUGGUCACAUUCUGACUCUGUACACGUGGGGAGGGUGGAUGAUCGCCUCUGGCUCCCAGGACAAGACAGUGCGAUUCUGGGACCUGCGGGUGCCAAGCUGUGUCCGGGUGGUCGGCACAACUCUGCACGGCUCAGGAAGUGCAGUAGCUUCUGUGGCAGUGGAUCCCAGCGGCCGCCUGCUGGCCACGGGUCAGGAGGACAGCACCUGCAUGUUGUAUGACAUCAGAGGAGGCCGCAUAGUUCAGACAUUCCGCCCCCACAGCAGUGACAUCCGCUCAGUGCGCUUCUCACCAGGAGCCCAUCAUCUCCUCACCGGCUCUUACGACAACAAAGUCAUCAUCAGUGACCUUCAAGGUGACCUAACAAAGCCCCUCCCUCAGACGGUGGCAGGGGAGCACUGGGACAAGGUGAUCCAGUGUAGGUGGCAUCCCCAUGACCGGACCUUCAUCUCCUCCUCUGCAGAUCGAUCUGUCGUCCUCUGGGCACCAGGCCCCAGAGCACCAGGCCCCAGAGCACCAGGCCCCUGAGCACCAGGCCCCAUGAGCACCAGGCCCCAGAGCACCAGGCCCCUGAGCACCAGGCCCCUGAGCUGGUCACUGGAGAAACACUGGUUAACAGCAGCGGCAGCAGGAAGCACAGGGACACAGUGUCCGCACAUCCCAGCAUCCCGCUGCAGGGGUGGGGUGGGGGUGGGGGUGGUGCCUGUGUUCGUGUGCAUAAAUAUCGUGAGCAUCAAGCUGUGUGUGUGUGUGUGUGUGUGUGUGUGUGUGUGUGUGUGUGUGUGUGUGUGUGUGUGUGUGUGUGUGUGUGUGUGUGUGUGUGUGUGUGUGUGUGUGUGUGUGUGUGUGUGUGUGUGUGUGUGUGUGUGUGUGGAGAAAGUCAUGAGUAAGUUCACUGCAAGCACACCUUCAAGUUAGUUUAGUUUUUUUUCUCACAAUGCUAAACUACAUUUUAGUCAGAACUUGUACAACACAUGAAGGCUACUUUUUAAGGGGUGUAGCAUUUGGUGAACCACAAAGCAGUUGCUGUCUCUAUAGUUUCAGUGAGCUGGACUCUUCAUGUGGUGGAAAAACGCCACGUUUAGUUAUGCAUAUCAUAACGUGCCUUUGUGUAACAUAUGUAGAUUGUUUUGUUUGUGUAGACUGUAUUGAUUGAGAGAUUUAUUUAUCUAUUUGCAGCUUUAUUUAGGUAUUUUCUCAUAUGCCUUUCCAUCUGUAAAUUAUUGUAAUUUCACUGUAAUGCAGAAAUUGAUCACCCGUUGGCAUUUGUGCGCCCUUGUAUGAAUUCCCAAAGUGUUUUUCCCUACGUCUGUGACUAUUGAACAAGUGAGAGUAUUUGGCACUUUACAGCACGUUCAGGUUUGGCAUUUCAGUGUGUGUGUGUGUGUGUGUGUGUGUGUGUGUCUCAGACCAAAAAGUUCAUUUAAAUGUUGUGUUCAAGACAAACUAAAUAGAUAAAUUGCACCAUAAGUAAAUAUCAGGUCUGAAGUUUUAGAAACCUGUUUUUGUGGAUUCUGUUGUAAGCACAUUUGAUGUUAGUUCACAGCGCUUACUAAGCAUAUUCUGAGUCAUUUCAAAGGAUGAGCACAGUAAGAGCAAAGCUUAGUGCAGUUGUAAAAAGUGAUUGGAUGAGGAGAAAUAAAUGUAGUUGUGGAACUAAAUCAGUGAUCAGCUCAUGUCACAUUAAAAAUGAGGCGAUGAGAUGUGCAGUUGUUGCCCACAAAACAAUGUUUUAAAAAAAACUAAAUACAAAAUGAUCAAAGAAAUGACAUGAAAUGUUAGCAGGCUAAAGUCAAGAAUUGUAACGAGGCACUUUAAAGACAUGAAUGCUGCCUGACUGCACGAUGUGAAAAGACAAAUCUAGUCACAACUUAUACACAACAAAUAAAACUCUGAUUUUAUCACUUUUACUGAGCACCUAUGCAGACACCUGAUGGGUGUGAGAGAGAAAAAGGAUAUUAAGCAUCAUAUUUUACAUUAUCUGCGACUCACAAUGGCAUAUUCAGUGUCAUUUGAAACCUGUGCAGUUUAAAACAAUGUGUGUUCACACAAAUGUGUAAUGGUGGAACUGCUAAGUGGUCAAUGGGGUUCAAACUGAAAAAAAAAACAAAUAGUGGCCGUCUAAUACCACAUUUCCUGCUUCCUGCUUUUGAAUAAAUAAAGGUAUUUUUAAGUCACAC